AUGUCUGAGCGAAUACCCAACGACUUACGGAAUAGCAGAAAUGGGCUCCCAACCAAUUAUAUUGAACAGCGAUUGAGAUUUUUAGAGGAACAACUACACAUACAGCGAGAGCGUGAAUUAGAACUCCGCAGAGAAAACUGGCAACGAGUGAGAUUUUUACAGCGGGGAGGGGGGAUAGCCAGAGAAAAACGCCAGUUAGUGUCGGAAUAUUAUCGAAUCAAGCUCGACAGAGGUCGCCAUUCCAGGAAAUUUAAAGUGAAACAAAAUGUGUACAACGUUACUUUCAAAGAGCUUCCAGAUUCUUCCUUUAUUCGCCGAUUAUUCAAAGAUAUGCUCAAAAAUGUGAAACGGGAAAUGCAGUGCAACCCCAAUGAUUAUGUACGGGUCAACAUUCGACACCCGUCUCUGGAUUCCGAGAUUUGGGUCGAAUUUACCCAGUCUAAAAACCUCAACGAGGAUAAAAUUUUAAACAAAAUAGAAGCCGUACAGCAAUCUAAAAAAGAGUUCCUGAUGACAGACGGAGCCACACAGUUAGAUUUUUUUCAUGUCAAAUAUCCUCAAGGGAGUGGCGGCGGCAUGAAGAAAAAGCAUCUACAAGUCGAUAAAAAGAAAUUUAAGAUCUCCAAGAGAGCCAUCGUUCGUAUUCAAAACCCCGACGAUUCAUUAUGUCUACCUCGAGCUAUUACCGUGGCACAGUUACACAGUCAAAAACCUGAGGUUCCGGACCCCGAAUGGGAGAAAACAUGGUUAAAGAUGAGAAAAGGGGAUACACAAGCUCUCGACCAGAAACGACAGGCCUUAACGCUCAUGGAACUCGCCGGGUGUGCAAACGACCAACCGUGUGGGCCUCAGGAAUGGGAGAAAUUACAUCAGGUCUUGGCUACCGAGUAUCGCUUGAAAAUAUUCCAUUUUAAGACAAACACGCAGCGAUUACGAUUAGACCCCAUCUACAGAGGUCAGGGGAGCGGAAAAUGUUUGAACAUCCUGCUGGAUAACGAGCAUUACGAUACCAUAACAUCGAUGCCGGGAGUGACGGAAAAUACAUAUUAUUGUGAUUACUGUGAUGUUGGAUAUAGCCACAUCGAAGACCACCGUACCGUCUGCCCUCACCGCUGUUCGUUUUGUUUAGCCGACACCCCCUGUUCCCCGGACGGCACCCGCACGGAAUGUGCUCAUUGUAAGGGAUUUUUUAGAAAUGCUGCGUGUUACCAGACCCACUUGAAACCUUACACUAGCAAUACCGCGACAACUGUGUGUAGUUUAAUGGGACGUUGUGACCAGUGUCAGAAAUGGAUGACAAAGAAAUUAUUAAAACAGCACGCGUGCGGCGGAAAAACACAAUGUCACAUCUGCAAGAAACUCGUCACCACCCCACAUCUCUGCUUCGUUCAACAGAAACCCAAGCCCAAACGCAACAAGGAUUUGAAAAUGUACAUUUAUUACGAUUUUGAAUGUACCCAGGAAAACGGAGUUCACACCCCUAACCUCUGUGUGGCCGAACGCGUGUGUCAACAUUGCGAUAGUUUAGACAUCGACAUGCGGUGUGAUCACUGUCAUGCGUUUGGCUCGCAACGCCGCUUCGUAUUUCAAGGCCCCGACACCUUAAAGCAGUUUAUGGAAUGGUUGUUACAAUCCCAGACGGACGAGAAGGGUAAAGUGACUUUCAAGCAUGAUGAAACGAACGCCAUUGCGCACAAUUUCAAGGGAUACGAUGGGCAGUUCAUCUUGAACUAUCUAGUGCAUACGGCCUGUAUCAAACCCGCAGUCAUCCUCAACGGCAGUAAAAUCUUGUGUAUGGGUGUGUUCGGCUUGAGAUUCAUCGAUUCAUACAAUUUCCUCCCCUUUGCCCUCGCCAAGAUGCCCUCUGCGUUUGGAUUAACAGAACUGAAAAAAGCCUUCUAUACCUGGUACACUCAACAGGCCGGGAAAGUGUUCGAUUUCCAGAAGGAAUUCCUGGCUUACUGUAUCUCGGAUGUGGAUAUUUUACGCCGUUGUUGUGCGCAAUUUAAGGCGACGCUCUACGUACUCGUCCGCGUCGACCCGUUUCAGGAAUCCAUCACUUUUGCUAGCACGGCUAAUUUAGCGUAUCGCCGAGGAUUCAUGGCACAGGACACCAUAGCCAUCAUACCCAAUAUGGGAUAUCAACCGUCGCGCCGCUACUCGGCCAAGGCCUGUCGCUGGCUCACCUCCCUGGACCGCAACAUACGUCAUGCUAAGAACGGGGGCGAAAUUACCAUAGGCCCUUAUACGGUGGACGGCUACGAGGAGGAAUCCCGCACCGUGUACGAAUUUUACGGCUGCUACUGGCACGGGUGCCCCACCUGUUAUCCGAAUCUGUUGACGGAAACCCACCCCCAUCGAGUCCAGCAGACGUAUCAAACCCUGUAUGAGCAAACCUUGAAACGCGCCGCCGCCUUAGAGCAACAAGGAUAUACAGUCGUGAGCAUCUGGGAACACGAGUUUGAUCGACAAGUGAAAAACAAUCCAGAGUUACAAACAUUACUACGAGACCUCGAUAUUCAGGACCCCUUAAAUCCCCGCGAUGCCUUAUACGGAGGUCGUACCAAUGCUACUCGCCUGUAUUGCGAGGAGGGAGACAUGCGAUACGUCGAUGUGUGUUCUCUGUAUCCUUACGUGUUGAAAUACAGAACGUUUCCCAUCGAUCAUCCUCAAGUCAUCACCAGCGAUUUCAAGAAUGUGAGAGAGUACUUUGGUCUCAUUCAUUGUCGUGUCUUACCACCACGAGGUCUGUAUCAUCCCGUGCUACCCUAUAAGACGGGGGAAAAAUUACUUUUCCCCUUAUACCGAACCUGCGCCGAACAUCGCAACUUAGGACCCGACGAUCGAUGCAGUCACAGCGAUUCACAGCGUAGUCUGACUGGUACCUGGGUGACCGUAGAAGUACACAAAGCUCUAGAUCUCGGCUAUCGGCUCGACCGCAUCUAUGAAGUCUGGCAUUUUGAAAAGACCAGUCAGGACUUGUUUCGAUCUUACAUCGAUACUUUUUUAAAAAUUAAACAAGAAACUUCCGGGGAUUCCCCGAUCAUUGUCAAACGAGCGAACAAAAACAAGACUACAUCGAUGAGAUCCGGCGCCGGGAAGGCAUCUUCAUGA